AUGCCUACCGAAGCUCAGAUCGCCGGCGGCCACAAGGCCAACAUCAACAACCCCAACACCUCUGAGGAGUCCAAGGAGAACUCCAAGAAGAUUCUCGAGAACGAGUUCAACGGCGGCGACGUCCCCAAGGCCGGCGAUAACGACCAGAAGAACCCCGGCAAUGUUGCCGGCGGGCUCAAGGCUACCCUGAAGAACCCCAAUGUAUCUGAUGAGGCCAAGGAGUCUGCUAAGGAGCGUCUUGACAACAUGUAA